AUGGCAAAGAAUAGAGUUGCGCCUAUCAAGACUAUAACUUUACCAAAACUAGAGCUUAUGGGGGCUGUAAUUGGAGCAAGACUUGCUGAUCAUAUCUGCAAAAACUUUCCAGAAACUUUCAGUGAAAUACAAUUUUGGAGUGAUAGUCAAAUCGUACUUAGUUGGCUUUCAUCCGUAAAACCACAGAUACAAUUUAUAAAAAACAGAAUUGAAGAAAUUAAAAGUUUGUGUGGAGAUAAUGUAUGGAGAUACUGCCCUACGAAAGACAAUCCCGCAGAUCAACUUACACGUGGUAUAACAUCUGAAGAACUGCAACAGAACGAAAUAUGGUUUAGUGGACCUAAAUGGUUAAACAGCAAAGAAGAUUGGCCGACAUGGAACGGAAAUAACGUAACGUCUAGUGUAUGUACAACUAUGUCGGAGAACGAUGACAAAAUUGAGUCUAUGGAGAAAAAUCAAAAUGUAUGUAUUGGUAUAGGAGAAAUCAUAGAUAUUGAACGGUACAAUUCUUAUAGAAAACUAACCCGCAUUACCGCAUAUGUAAUGAGAUUCGCAACAAACUGCAGAGCAACGGAAACCGAACGAAAGAAAGAUUUGUUACGUAGUGAUGAAAUUGAAAAUGCAAAAUUCCUAUGGAUAAGAUAUACACAAGGUAAAAUAUUUAGUGACGAAAUAAAUUGUAUAGAUAAUUCUACAAAACGUAAAACACUUGUGCGACAAUUAAAGCUCUUUCUAGACGAAAAGCAAUGUUCACGAUGUGGUGGCCGCCGAAUAGACAAUGCGACAGUAGGAGAAACAGUCAAGUUUCCAUAUCUGUUACCGGCAAAGGACCGUCUCACACAUUUGAUAGUGUUAGAAGCACAUGAGAAUACACUACAUUCAGGAAUAAAUAUCACUCUAGCAUACAUACAACAAACAUUUUGGAUUCCGAAAUUAAGACAGUGCGUCAAAUCUAUAUUGAUGAAAUGUGUAACGUGCCGAAAAGUAAUCGGAAAAUCUUAUCCCGCACCAGAAAUUCCACCAUUACCAAAAGAGAGAGUUCAAGAUGCCACACCCUUUAGCGUAACCGGUGUAGACUUCACAGGUGCGCUAACGACAAGAAACAGACACAACGAAGAAUCGAAGGUUUACAUUUGCCUAUUUACAUGUGCUGUCACUCGAGCCGUACAUUUGGAAUUAGUUUACGAUCUCAGCGAAGAAUCUUUUUUAUUGUGUUUCCGGAGAUUUGUAAGUCGACGACCAGUGCCAAAAAUAAUGAUGUCAGAUAACGCGCUAACAUUUAAAGCUGCUUCAAACGAAAUUUCACGACUUUGCAAUUCUAGAAAAGUUAACGAAAAUAUUCAGAAUUAUGGCAUUGAAUGGAAGUUCAUCCCAAAUAGAGCUCCAUGGUUCGGAGGCAUGUGGGAAAGAAUGAUUGGCUUAACAAAAACAUCACUUAAGAAAGUAUUAGGACGUACACAUGUUAACGACGAGACUCUAAGGACCGUAUUAACAGAGAUCGAAGCCACACUCAACGAUCGACCAGUGACGUAUAUUUCAACAGAUAUCAGAGAUCCGGAGCCGCUUACACCAUCCCAUCUUAUACAUGGAUGA